UUUAAUAGAUAAAUGUGGGCUGAAUUAUAAGUACGUACCCAGUUAUUUUGGAAAGGUACAUUUAAUCGGACCCAGAGCGUAAUCAGACUCACUUAUUAUUCUAACUGUAAAGGCAGCCGUUGACGCACACGUUUUUAUUUUGAAGGACUCGAUCACUACCGGAAGUGACGGUAAUAAUUUAAACAAAUCGGAGCUCAUUCAGCAAGUCUUGCGAAUCGGUGUUGAACCACCCUUUGGCGUGUCCUAAAAUAUAUAUAUAAUGUGUUUAUGUUGUUUUUAUUCUCCUCGUGAAGUUUGGUUUUAUCAGAUUUUUUCUCUCCCGGAAGCAGCAGAAGCGCGUAGAGUUAGCCUAGCCUAGCCUGCUAGCAGGAAACGUUGAGUCAGACACAUUGAUGAAGAACAGAUUCAUUUUCUGAUGAAGGUUCGGUGGAGAAAGGGUCUCGGUAGGUCUCAGCGUCGGAGAAAAGACAAUUAACAGAAAUGGAGGAACCGACGGGCAGUGACGACAUCCAGCAGGACGACCCACAGAUUAAAGAGGAACAGAAUGAGGCCGAGGUCACAGAGUUUGUAUUCAAUCCUGUUGAAAAUGAAGAUGAGGAAGACUUUUCUCAGUCUUUGGAGCUUCAUCACAUCCAGACUGAGAACAGAAAUCCUGUGGGACCAAAAUUGCUCUCAUCUAAAUCUCCAGAGGCUUCAGAGGAAAACUGCAGAGAGAGUGGUGGAUCUUCAUUAGGUCAUAUGAGUGCAAAAAAGGUCUACAGCUGCUCUGAAUGUGGGAAAACCUUCAACAGCCGACCAUGUCUGGUAAGACACCACAGAAUCCACUCUGAAGAAAAACCCUUCAGUUGCUCCUUCUGUGACCAGAAGUUCAGCAGGAGGGAAAGCGUAACUCGGCACAUGAGGUGUCACACUGAGGAAAAACCUUUCGGCUGCUCGGUUUGUGAACAAAAGUUCAGCCGAAAGGAGAGUCUGACGUAUCACAUGACCUACCACACUAAAGAAAAACCUCACAGCUGCUCCAUCUGUAACAAAGCUUUCACUUCAAAGCGAAAUCUGAUGGAGCAUGGGAGAAUCCACACGGACGAAAGGCCGUUCAGCUGCUCUAUCUGCAAGGCCACUUUCAAGCGGAAAUACACGCUGGUGGAGCACACUAGAAGCCACACUGGACAGAAACCGUACAGAUGCUCACUGUGCGGCCAGAGCUUCAGUCAUGGCAUCAGCCUGACCCGUCACAUGAAGUGUCACACAGGACAGAAACCCUACAGUUGUCCCAUCUGUAAGGCUGCUUUCAAACUCAAGAACGCCUUGAUGGAGCACACCAGGAUUCACACGGGAGAGAAACCAUUCAGCUGCACCGUCUGUAAGGCUGCGUUCAGGAGGAACCAGGACGUUGUGAAGCACACCAAGAUCCAUGCAGGUGUCCAGCAGCUGUUGGUGAUUAAAGUGGAGCCUUUGCAUCAGGAGAGCAGCUCUAAUCCCAAACUGGUCCAGGAACUGCCUAACCCUCAACAGAUUAAGGAGGAAGAGGAGGAGGCUGAAAUUACAGAGCUCAGAUUACCUGCCGUCCCCAUCAAGAGCAGAGAUGUUAAAAACACAUCUCUGUCGUCACAAAUUCAUUCCAGCCAAGCUGAGGAGAGCAGAGACUCUGUGAGCCUGGAGCCGAGUCUAGAUCAGCAUUUAGAGUCAUCCUGCGAUAAGGAGUCGGGUUUGGACUCUCUGCAGAACGGCCCAGUUAGCGAAACUGCCUACAAAAGAGGCAAGAAGCUCCACAGCUGUUCUGAGUGCUGUAAAACUUUUAACCACCGGGCGGAUCUGUUGAGACACAACCGAGUCCACACAGGAGAGCGACCCUUCAAAUGUUCAGUUUGUAACGCAGCGUUUAGAAGAAAAUACACACUAGCAGAGCACAUGAGGACACACACUGGAGAGAAACCGUACAGCUGCUCCCUUUGUGAGCAAAGCUUUGGCCGUAAGUCCAGUCUCACCUGCCACAUGAGCUGUCACAGCGCAGAAAAACCUCUCCAAUGUUCACUUUGUGAGGCCAAGUUUAGGGAUAAACAAGAUCUUGUUGAACACACAAAGACCCACACAGGUACUUACAGAUUGACGGGGAGCUGUUUGUGUGAAGUAGCAGCUAAAAUGUCAUCGCUGGAGGAUCUGAGAUUAAAACCAUCCGAUGAAUCAACAGAAAUUAACGAUGUCCAGCAGCUGAAAGUAAUCAAAGAGGAGCAGGUCCGCAGUCCCAAACUGGACCAGGAUGACCAGAACCACCCACAGAUUAAAGAAGAGCAGGAGGAAGCUGAGAUUAUUGAGUUCCAAUUUAAUACCAUCAAGAGUGAAGAGGAUGAAGGGAAAUCUCAGUCUACAAAGAUUCAUCAAACCCAUACUGAAGAGAAUGGAGACUUUAUGGGACCAGAACCAGAUGAAUGUUCAGAAUCAGAUCGUGAAGAAAAAAGUUCUGGUUCUUCAGAGACGGAUGUCAGCGAUGGAAACUGGGAGGAGAGCGGCGAACCACAGCCAAGUUUAAAAUCAGGUGAUAUAAUCUGUGACAUCGAGUAUAAACUACACACCUGCACUGAUUGCGGGAAAGCGUUCAGCGGCAGGGAACGUCUGUUGAGACACAGAAAAGUCCACACAGGAGGGAGACCCUUCAGCUGCUCCUUUUGUGAUGCAACUUUUAAAAGAAAGUAUACUUUAGUCCAACACCUGAGAACCCACACAGGCGAGAAACCAUUCAGCUGCUCCAUCUGUGGCCAAAGCUACCGACACAGUGUGGGACUGAGCCGCCACAUGAGGAGCCACACAGGGGAAAAACCGUACACCUGCUCCUUCUGUAAGGCCACCUUCAGAUGGAAAAACACUUUCCUGGAGCACACGAGGAUCCACACGGGGGAAAAACCCUUCAGCUGUGCCGUCUGUAACGCAACUUUCACAUGGAAAAAUUCCUAUGUGGAACACAUGAGAAUUCAUACGGGAGAGAGACCCUAUGGCUGCACCCUGUGUGAUGCAUCCUUCAAAAGAAAAUAUACUCUAAAGCAGCACAUGAGAACCCACACGGGUGAGAAACCUUUCAUCUGCUCCAUCUGCAGUCAGAGUUAUCGACACAACGCGGGUUUGAACCGUCACAUGAGGAGUCACUCGGGGGAGAAACCCUACAUCUGCACCGUGUGCAAGUCUGCUUUUAAAUGGAAGAACGCUCUGAUGGAGCACACGAGAAUCCACACAGGAGAAAAACCUUUCAACUGCUCUGUCUGUGCAGCAGCUUUUAGGAGGAAACAGGAUUUUGUGAACCACACAAGAGUUCACAGCGGAGAAAAAGCCUUUAGUUGUUCCGUUUGUGGUCAAGGAUUCAGCAAAACCUUAUAUUUAAAUUCUCACAUGAGAAUUCAUGAASGRCAGGAACCGUUGUGCUCUGCUGUCUCAUGACUAAAAAAAAUCACCUUAAAUGUGUUCGAAGCAGCAGAUGAGACUAUUUAAAAGGUUAAAAAAAAAUCAAAAAUGUUGCUUUAACAUUUUAGAAAGAAGCAGAACCACUGGCUGUGGGGAUUUUAUUAAAGUGGCAUGGAUUUMCUGAUGUGCAUAAAAAAUMCAACUUUUUUGGAAAUUGGACGAAGUCAGUUUUUUWAAAAAUUAAAUCUCGAUUAUGGAUAUGAAACUCCAGUCCUUCAGCUAAGGUACUUUUUUAACACCCUAAUCACAUAAUUAGAUCGUUAGCAGGACUCUGUCGAACUGGAAGAUGACAGAUGUUCCUUCAAACUGGACAUUAAACAUACAGGAAUUAGGAUGCAAUUCCUUCUAGUGAACGUUUUUCUCAUUCAGUUUCAAAUCAUAGCUUUGCUUCRUCCUACUUUAUCAAAUUAGAAUAAAAAUGUUAUUUUAGACUAAAACAUGAUUCAAUAAGCUGCACUGAAUCAAGAGCUUUACUGGGUUAGGGUCCCAAUGAUUCAAUGCAUUGAAUUGCACCAGAUCAUUGUCUUCUCCGUGUGAAAUCACUGAUGUGUUAUUUGUUGAAGCAUCGUUCCAAGUUCAUCAUGACUCCGUUUUACUUCAUGUUUGUGCCGAGAACAAAACUGUAGAAUGUAUUUCUAAUGUGAWAUAAACUUGAGCUGUAUAUUGUGAA